AUGUCUCAGAAGCCUCAAAAGCCUAUAAGGCAAGAUUACAUUGCCAAAGUUCGCUACACGAAUAAUCUCCCACCUCCACCGGUAAAUCCAAAAUUCAUUAAAUACAAUACUACUGAAAAAACUGCGCCAAAGAUAGAAGCGAGUCAGCUUAUGAGCUCUUUGUUUCGUAAGGAAAACUUUCACUGUCUCAUGCAAAACGUCGAUGAAGAACUAGGUUUAAAUUUGAAUUUAAUAAAUAAUGAAGGAUUCCUUGAUAAUAACAAUCAUUCCUCGAUAUUCAAAUAUGGAGAGGGUGAAGCCCCUGUACAACUACAUGUGAAGGAUAGAGCGUUACUCAGGGAUGCCGGUGUUGGAAAGAUUUCCAAAUCAGAGCCUGGUGUUUCCUUUUUAAGAAGAACGGAAUAUAUAUCGGAGAGGCAUGCUCCAAAAAGCUCGAUUGUCGAUCAGGUUAAUCCAGUAACCAACAAUGAUGAGCAUUUAGAUCCUGACUCUCAGUUGAAAGCAGUCGAGGAAACAUUUGAGCGAUCUCAAUUAUCUCUUCAAGGGUUGAAUACCUUGCAGCAUCCUAGGAAGAAAAAGCUAAAAGCUGUCUCUACAUGGCCACUACUUCCUGACACUUCGAUGAUGGACACCAAAUAUCAUGUAGUAAAGUUUACAGGCUCAGCCUCCAUGAAUAGGGAAUUUCACGCCCUUAAAAGCAAACAAAAGGAUUCUUAUGACGACGAAUUUCAAAAAAAUUCUUUAUCCACCGCAAUUUUUAAACCAAUAAGAACAGAAGAUGGGGAAUGGAUGUCAUUAUACAAAAUAGAAAAUGCAGCUGAAGCUGCGGAACUAAAGGCAAAGUUGAAAUCUACUGAAAAAGAGCGGCCCGUGAGCUUAUUGGACGAGGAUGAAAGUGUGGAUAAUUAUACAUUCAAGCAUUUCAAAAAUUAUGACAUGAAUUUCCAUAAGUUUGCGAGAUCUAACGAAGAACUAUCAAUAAAAUUUGUGCCGUCAAAGGAUAACGAGAAGAAGCGUGUUUUAGGGUAUUAUUAUCCUGUAAAUGGAAGAAUUGAAUUAAAAAAACAUAGGCAAUCAACUAAUGCUGAAGUAAAUAGAUUUUUGAGAGAGAGCACUUUUGAUGAGAUUAACUUUAAGUUACGGGAGCCCAACACAAGUGAGCUUAAAAAUAUGGAUAAAAUGAGAUCUGAGUUUGACCCUAUGGAGUACGAAGGCGACGAUGAGGAACCAGAGGAGGAUAACGAAAAGUCAGAUAUUAGUCACCAAGGUGAUGCUCAUGAGGUUGCAGCUUCAAAUAAUGAAUCACAAACUAAUCUGGAUGUUAAAUCAGAAACAGCAGGUCUCAGCAGUGAACAACCUAAUAUAGAAGCAGUUGAUUCUAUCGAAAAUAACGGUAGAUCGGAAGAGACUCAAGAUAUAGUUAAACCUGAGAAUUAA